ACCCUCUCAACCGAAAUGAAAGUGCCAAACGUGGUAGAUAGCAAACCACGUAUCGUCGGUGGGACGGCGAUUAGCAUACAAAAAGUGCCGUAUCAAGUAUCACUGCGUCACAGGGGGAAUCAUAUUUGCGGCGGAGUUAUAUUAUCAGCAAGCUGGGUCCUAACGGCGGCUCAUUGCGUAAACCAGAGCAUACAUAACAUGGAAGUGCGUGCGGGAUCUUCGAAAAGCAAUUGCGGCGGGUCGCUUCACAAAGUCGAUAAAAUAUACGUGCACGAGGAUUAUCACGUGGACGACUCGCACAUAUCAGUGAACGACAUAGCGCUGCUUCUUAUAAGCGAUAAAUUUAAAUUCGACGAAACAAGACGGCCCAUAAAGAUUUUCUCGAAGAACGAAAAAGCCAAGGAAGGCGCUCGCGGACGGACAUCAGGAUGGGGUCGUACGAGUUUCAAUGGAUCCAUAUCGACAAUGUUACAGAUUGUGACGGUACCGAUAAUAUCGAAGGUGAACUGUUCACGUAUUUAUGAGCAAAUUGGCAAACUGCCUCCUGGACAAAUUUGUGCCGGAUUCAAGACGGGCGGAGGUGACUCCUGUUCGGGGGAUUCGGGUGGUCCAUUGGCCAUUGGAGGAAGACUUGCGGGUAUCGUGUCCUGGGGAAUUGAAUGCGGUUCGGAUGAAUAUCCUGGAGUGUAUACUGAGGUUGCUGCUUAUCACGAUUGGAUAAUGAAGCACAUUGAAAGCCUGUCGGAAAACCAGACCACGUCCAUUCAACUCUCGACCACGAAUCCCCCAUCCAAUAUGCGAAUGGCAAACGAGAAACGUAUCUAUAACGCUCGUAUCGUCGGUGGGAUGCCGAUAGACAUUCAAGAAAGACCAUAUCAAGUAGUUCUACUCUGGAGGACACGGCCAUUUUGUGGUGGUGUUCUUAUUUCAAGAAGAUGGAUCCUUACAGCUGCCCAUUGUAUAACUGUCCCCGACACUGAGAUAAUGAUCCGAGCUGGCUCUAGGAUAUCGACACAUGGCGGCACAGUUCGCAGAAUCGCUAAGGCAUUCGUCCAUCCGAAAUAUUAUGUGUCAUCGAAACGUGUACCGAUUAACGAUAUAGCAUUAAUGUUCAUACGCAAGCCAUUCGACAUGAACAGAAGCAUAUGGCCAAUUAGACUUUUUGACAACAGGGAUUCAUUGAACGUCGGUGCCUUCGGGAAAGUGUCGGGCUGGGGUCUUAUGGAAGAAGAAGGAAAAAUGUCAUCUUAUCUCUUAAUGACGACUGCACCGAUUAUGUCGAGGAGUUACUGUAAUAAAACUUAUGAUAUUUUUGGUGGAUUGAUGGAGGGACAAUUUUGCGCCGGAUACAAGGGGGGCGCGUGCGACGCGUGUUCCGGUGAUUCCGGUGGUCCUUUGACGAUAGAUGGUAAAUUAGCUGGACUUGUAUCCGGGGGAUUUGGCUGCGCUCGUCCCAGAUAUCCUGGAAUUUAUACCGAGAUCGCUGUAUAUCGCGAGUGGAUAAGAAGGUAUACGGGAGUGUAAACGAGGCUUAAGGAUCGAAUUUUUGGAAAUUUGUUUUAAAAAAUUGUUUCUUAUCGCUUACGAGUAUUAUAUGUGUAUAUAACGACGUUAUAAAGUACUUAUCCAUCAGGCUGAUUCGUCUGUGAUUUUUGUGUUUUUGAGAUUGAUAUGGUUCGUGGGUGACUUUAUUGUUAAUUCAACAAUUUGUUUUGGAAGUAUCAUGACUGGUUAAUUUAAUUAAUUUAAUUAAUCAGGAGCAUCAUUUGUUUUCUAAUUAUUUAUGGUACGAUGAGGAUGCUGGAGGAGAUUUAUUAAUCGCUAAACACUUUUUGUGUCUUCUCCAGUCAUUUUUAUCUUGAUAAUACAUAUAUACGAGGCAGACAUAUUUUUUGUCUGUUCUUUUUAAUAUACCAAAAUUUACUUCCUUUUCAUUCUUCACUUCGGUAAUGUUCUUGAUAGACUCGCGUGGAGCGUACACGUGUCAGUCAAGGAUGCUUUUUCAGCAGGAUAUACUUGUAGAAGAGGAUCAUUUCCUCUUCGAUGAUCAUCGGGUGUAAUGGGAUGAACGAGUUAUUUUCAAUUAUGUAAUAAAAUGUGUUGGUACUCCUGAUAAUUUUUAUGCCCAAACACAGGAAAUUAGUGUGACGCGAUCCGCAUUAUAUUUAUAUGAGAAAAUUAUUUGUUUUCAAGAAAAAUAUUCAUUUCGUCGCAUUGUAAUUAAUCAUUAUAGUAAAUGUACCGUAAGAUCCGAAAUUUUUACAGUGAAUGAGUCUUAUCACCUUUCAAUGUUAAUUUUCUUAAUUAACAUCAGCCCAACACGUGUAAAUCACAUGGGAACUUGAUAUGUAAGGGGAGAAAAAAGAUCAUUGAUAUUUGCAGCCUACAUUAAGUUAAAUUAUUUUAACGAAGUAUCGUGCAGAUAAGGGACACAAAAUUUGAGUUAAUUAAAUCUAGUAAUCGCAACGAAGACAAUUAUAAAGGAAAUAGACACCGGUGCUUCGUUUCAUCCAAUCCCGGUGCCAGGCAAUUUCAACGUGCAUACCAGGAAAACUAUUGAUGACAGUGGAAAGUGUACCCCCUAUAAAACUGCCGUACAAAAGAAUCUAAAAUCCGAUUGGAAAUUGGCGCAGAUCAGUUCAUCGAUGACGUUGCCGAUUUUCACGUAUGAUUCAAGACACGUGGUUCCGGAAGCGAUGGAUACGUUGUUGAGUCAAGAAGGAAAUACAUUCGGCCGACAAGCUGACUGUCAAAAAAACACACAGACGUCGUGAACCGACUAUAUACACAAAAUUAUCAUCCAACGCUUUAUCAUCCUUGCUCCAGUAAACGAUAUGUAAUAGUGGCACGUAUACAGAUUUAAAAUAUCACACCCAACUAUAUGAAAGAUAUGAAAGCGCACGUGGAUAAUACAGUGCGCUAAGUGUAAAAUUGUGAUUUUACGAUUAGUACGCCCUUUAUAUUCUAUAAAUACACAACGCAUAGAAUGCGCUUUAUUCUCGACGACGCGAAUUCUCCAUAAGUGACUAUAGAAUUUCGAAAAACCCAUCACAUUUCCUGUCUGUAAAGUACAAAAAAAAGUUUUAAUAAACGUGGGCUCUUUAUUUCUGA